UAUGUGUUCGAGGCCCGGUCAGGUUGCAAAUUUUAUCCACUGUAAAAACGUAUUACACUUCAAACAGUACUAAUUAAGAUUCUAACAUAAUUCAGUUAACAUAUGUUUGAAAGUGACGGGAUUUUAAAUAAAACACAUUUUUAAAUUGUCUGCUAAUUAUAAGCUCGAUCAGUUAUGACAUUUUUAUUCCCGCUUUGUUCAUAUUUAGUCAUUAUAUUCAUUCACUAUGAUUACUUCCGAACUGAUAUAACUCACUAUGAUUACUUCCGAACUGAUAUAUAUCUUAACUUUAUGGCCUCGCAUACCUUGCAUUCUAUCACCAGAACGAGGCUAACUAAGCAUGAAUAUAAACAAUAAUGGCUGACCACCUGAUAAGCCCAAGCGUGUUACGCGUAAUGGGAAAAUCUUCUUCACAUUGUUGUGUACCACUUUGUUAUUCAGAUGCUAGAUAUGAUAAUACAAUUCAUUUUCAUAAAAUACCUAAAGAUGACACUUUGAAAAAGCAAUGGAUUUUUAAUAUUAGAAGAGAUGAAGGGGAACAUUUCAAGAUCAGUAGCACAACAGUUGUUUGUUCCAAACAUUUCAAACAAGAAGAUUACACAUGGACACCAGUUCGGAAAUGUCUUAAGCAAACAGCUGUACCCACAGUGUUUGAUUGGAGAAAUGAAAGACCAUCAAGACGAAAGCAGAGGAAGAUUUUGUCAGGUGAAAGGUAUGUUCGAUGACAACGACAAUUAACAUGUAAUCUGUAGUCGUAAUUGUUUUAAGCGGAAGUGUAC